AUGUCAAGCAUUAUCUCCUUCACGCUGGUUUUGGCUUUAGUUAAAACUACUCAGCAGCAAGCAACCCUUUGCGGUUCUUCCAGUCAACAGCAAACCGACUAUUGCAGCCCCACACUAUGCGCUGCCGGAUUGACACAUAUUGCCUGCAAUGGAUUGACGACCCUAGCGUCCACAUGUGGAGCAGGAGCAAAUGAAGUAACUCUAGAUUCCAGUUUGAAGACGCUGAUUUUGGAACUGCACAACCAGAUUCGAAGUAAAAUUGCUACAGGUAAUCAGAACUACACCUCAAAUGGUUAUUAUCCACAAGCUAGCCGCAUGGCGACAGUGAUUUGGAGUGACGAAUUAGCUAGUAUAGCGGCAGCCAACGCUCGACGCUGUGUCUAUGGUCAUGAUCAGUGUCGCAAUACGGCAGCGUUCAAGGCAGUCGGACAGAAUAUUGCUAUGAAAUCAUACUACGGGAUAAGCUUUUCGACAAUUGAUCUAAUUAAAGCAUUCGUCAAUGCUUGGUAUGUGGAAUACGCGAUCGCCAACGCUACAAUAAUCGCAAGCUAUCCGAGAGGUUACACUGGACCUGCGAUUGGACACUUUACGCAAAUUGUGGCGGAUCGAGUUACCCAACUUGGAUGUUCAUUUGUGACAUUUAAUACACCACCCUGGAUUAACCAGUACUUUGUGUGUAACUAUUCAAUAACCAACAUAGUCGGUCAACCAGUCUACGUUAGUGGUAAUUACUGCUCUAGGUGCACCACUGGCUACAAUACCAGGUAUCCGGGCUUGUGCAAUCAAAACGAAGUAAUUAAUUCCAAUCCAUAA